AUGAACUCCUAUACCAAAGGUAGGAAAUAAAUAGCUAAGUGGAAAAGUAAGAGUCGUAAGAGGAAUCUAGAAAUAAUGGAGAUGGGCAUCAUCUAACGAUCUAAAUGGACUCCAGAAGAAGAUAAAAGGCUAAUAGCUAAUAUGUCAUUAUUUGGGCAUCGAUGGCUACUAGUGGCACAGAAGAUGGAAUAAAGAAAUGCUUCUCAAUGUUGUCAAAGGUGGAAAAGGCUGCAAUAGAGCAAGGGAAUUCACCAAAACAAGGCCAAACGAUGGACUUAAACAGAGGAUAAAGCCUUACUACAAAUUUUCAAAUAAGUAGGCCCUUGCUGGAAUACAAUAGCUAAGCAAAUCCAAAGCAAAACAGGUAAAUAAGUCAGAAGAAGGUACAAAAACUUUCUCGAUCCUAAUCUUAAUCACGGACCAAUGACAGUUUAAGAAGAUGAAAGGAUAUACUAGGAAUAUCUAAAGCAUGGAUCUCAAUGGAGUAAAAUCUCAGAAAAAAUGCCAGGAAGAUCGGUAUGACAUUAUUCUUUGAUAUUUAGGAAAACAUGAUUAAAAAUCGCUUCUACUCCAGUAUUAAGUAGAAAUAUUUAAAGUAACCUAAUUUAUACUUUAAAAUAAAACCCUUGGAUCAAAAUCAAAGCCCAAAAUGCUCUGAUGAUAUUGAUCUGUCCCUAAAUAUUUAAAUCUAACCUGAUUCGCAAGAAUAAUAAGAGAAGGAUCUAUAUAGUAAUUCUAAUGAGGUAAUAGACAAUAAUUCAUCAAGUUAUUAUUGGAGUAUUGAAACAAGAUGUUUAUUACUUAAAAACUUCUGA